AAACUUAUUAAAUAGACAGAAAUGUCACUGAAAAGAAUAGUUGCGCAAAAGUUGCUGAACGACGUUAUACAGUCUGUUCACAAACGAGGAGAAUGGAAAGUCAUGGUACUUGAUAGUCUUUCCAUGCGAAUGAUCUCAGCGUGUAUCAAAAUGACAGAUUUGAAUAACGAAGGCGUCACAAUCGUAGAGGAUAUAAGCAAAAAUCGUGAGCCCAUAACGAACUUGGAGGCUAUUUAUCUUAUCGCCCCAACAGAGCAGAGUAUUGACCUGCUGUGUAUGGACUUCCAAGAUAGCCUGCACCAGAAGUACAAGGCGUGUCAUAUUUUCUUCUUGGAGGCCUGCUCGGAUGACCAGUUCAACCGCAUCUGCAAGACUUCCUGUCUCAGAAAGGCCACCAAGACAGUCAAGGAGAUCAACAUCGCAUUCCUACCCUACGAAUCAAAUGUGUUCUCAUUGGACAGACAGGAUAUCUUUGGGAUCGCAUACUCUCCCCAUGGGUCGAAGGAGUCAAGGAGCAAGGCAUUCGAGAGAGUAGCUGCCCAGAUCGCCACUCUAUGUGCAACCUUGAGCGAGUUUCCCCACAUCAGACAUCGAAUUGACCCGAAUGGGCUGUGCGCUGAAGUGGCCCAACAGGUGAGUGACCUCUUGAGAAAGUACAAGGCUGAUGACCCCUCGAUGGGAGAAGGACCUGAGAAAGGCAAAUCCCAGCUGAUCAUCUUGGACAGAGGAUUCGACCCCGUGUCUCCUCUGCUACAUGAACUCACAUUCCAGGCCAUGGCCUACGAUUUGGUUAACAUCGAGAAUGACACCUACUCAAUGAGAGUUGAAAAACCAAAAGGAUACGAGGCUUCUUCGAGCAGCGGAGACUACAGCACCAAGCAGGUGUGGCUAAACGAGAAUGAUGACGUGUGGGUGCAACUGAGACACAAACACAUUGCAAAAGUGACUCAGGAGGUCACCAAGAUGUUCAAGGAGUUCUCGAUGAACAAGAGGAUCAACACUGGCAGCAGUCCGGGCGAUAAGACAACAGUGAAGGACUUGAGUGCGAUGUUGAAGAAGAUGCCCCAGUACCAGAAGGAACUAUCCAAGUAUGGAACGCAUAUGGCACUGGCGGAGGACUGCAUGAAACACUUCACAAACAGGGCGGAUAAACUGUGUCUGGUGGAGCAGGACCUGGCGAUGGGAUCGGAUGCGGAUGGGGAGAGGGUGAAGGACCACAUGAAGAACGUCGUGCCCAUCCUACUAGACAGCAAUGUCUCCUCCAACGAUAAGAUACGCAUCAUCCUACUCUACAUACACUCCAAACUAGUUGAUGAAGGGGAAGGUAUCUCGACUGAGAACCUGGACAAGCUAGUGCAGCAUGCCAGUAUCCCGACCAGCAAUAGUGUGAUAUUGCAUAAUCUGGCCAACCUGGGAAUUCCGGUGGUGAAUGACGCAAUGGGAGGUGCAGGGGGAGCAGGGGUGAAGAAGAAGUACAGACAUCCUGAUAGGAGGAAUAGGAUUGAUGAGAACACAUUCAAGCACUCCAGGUGGACUCCUUAUGUGAAGGAUAUCAUGGAGGACGCUAUCAACGAUCAACUAGACACCCGACAGUUCCCGUUCAUUGACGGCAAGGGACCCAUGGUUGGAGGUGGUGGCGCUAAGAGUGCCCGAGGCUAUGGUCAGUGGCACCGUGAUAAGAAAGAUAUGGGACAUGCGGGACCCCGCCUUAUAGUGUUCAUCUUGGGUGGCAUGUGCUACUCUGAGACGAGGUGUGCCUAUGAGGUCACCGACGCCUUCAAGGGAUCCAAAAAGUUCGAAGUCCUCAUCGGAUCCAGCCACGUAAUGACUCCAGAGAACUUUUUGAAGAAUCUGAAGGAACUCACCAACUAAAGAAUUCAAUGCAAAGUGGAGACAAACUGAUAUCGAAGCCAAGACAUUCCAAAACUAUACAUGUUAGCUUCUUUUUUUGUCUGCAGUACCGAAGAAUGCUGCGUUUGGCUACUGAGUUAUUUUUUUUUGGCUGACUGGUUUAGCUUGUCCGGAUGCUAGUAUCUAUGAUGCGUGCAGUUUUAUAGUACUCCGGGUUUUCUAUCCACCGGUGGUUUUGAAAGCCUGUUUUCUCCAUGGAUAUCCUGUUAGCUCCAUGGAUAUUUCUCAGCGAAGUGCUAUCAAAGUGACAAAUACUCUCAAUUGUUUCCCAAUUUUAUAGAUCGCGGCGUGCCACCUACUGUUUGUUAAUAUUUAUCAAUGAGAAUGUCGCAUAAAUUAUUUAUCAUUUGGUACUCUACUUUACCUGUAUUUUGACCUGUAAGUUACGCAUUCCCAUUUUUUUUACUCGAAUCGAAGUUUAAAUCUGAAUAGAACAUUAGAAUGAACCUUGUAAUCAGAAAAAUGUAAUCAAGCUUGUAAAUUUAAAGGAUGUAGAGCAGAAUUGUAAAUGUUAUUUUCGGAAAUUUUGAAAUGGCCACGAUAAAGUUGCAUAAUGCCGAGAUUGAUAUAGACGUAAACCUGUUUUUACUGCAUUUACUGACUUGAUAAUCAAGAAAUGCGAGUCUCAUGCGUGAUAAAACCUUAAUAUUUCUAUCAUUUUAGCAUAGUUAGCUAUGGAAUGAUUGUGUUCAUUUAAAUCUAAAGCAAGCAAAUUAUUUAAUUUUUUAUAUGUGAUACAUCAUUUUGAAUGAAUAUACAAUUUCCAAAAGUCUU